AUGGUGAAGAUCCCGAGCCCGAGGAGGCUGUUCAGGAGCCGGUCGAGGAGCACGGUGGGCGGCAUCGGCGGGGUGGACAUGUGCGCCAUGGUGGCCGAGCACGAGAGGAUCGAGUGGGAGGUGCGGCCCGGCGGGAUGCUGGUGCAGAAGCGCCGGGCGCCCGACGACGACGGCUGCGACGACGCCGUCGAGGCCAUCCUGGUGAGAGUAUCCGCCGGCUGCGGCGGGUGGCAGCACGACGUGUCCGUCGACGCCACCGCCACCUUCGGCGACUUCAAGGUUCUGCUGUCGCUGGCCACUGGGCUGUGGCCCAGGGAGCAGCGGCUGCUGUACCGAGGCCGGGAGCGGGACGACGGCGACCACCUGCACAUGGCCGGCGUGCAGGACAAGGACAAGGUGCUCCUCCUGGAGGACCCCGCCGUCACGGAGAGGAAGCUCAGGUCCACCAGCCUCGCGCAGCUCAUGGGGGUGCCCAGCCAUUCCUUCAUCCAAGUCUAA